AUGGGCAAUUCUUCCUCGAAAGUCGCCUCCCGCGCCGCCGGCGCCGCCAAACGGCAGUAUCCCAGCGCCGUCUCCUCCGCCGUGUCCAAGCCCUCACAAGCAUCACCUCAGCCUGAAGCCUCAACCACCACAGCAGCCGCACAAGUACAUCCCUCACCUUCCCAGUUGCCUCCUUCGUCUUCUCGCUCCGAAGUCGUUGAGCUGGACGCUCGCGACCCCCACUUCGCCGCGUCCCUUGCCCGCGCCGGCACCGCACGCCGCGUUCCCCAACCACCCUCGCCUUCCUCCUCCUCCGCCUCUCCAUCUUCCGCCUUCCCCACCUCCUCUCAACCGCCUAAACUCCAACAGUCACCAACGGGCCAGUCCAUCUUCCCCACCAGCCGGCCAGGCACCAACCCCGCGCUCGCCGUCGUGCAGGCGCGCGACAAGCUCACCAAGCAGUUCGAGGCCGAGGGUGAGGGCCUGGGGCGAAAGAGCUUCGCUGGCAGAACUCUGCUGAACGCGCGGGAGCUGCGUGAGGCGUUGAACUUACGGGACGCGGCUGGAGAGGCUGAGGCCGAGAGUGCCAUGCGCUUGCGGAAGGGCUUGUUGGCGGCCAUGGUCACGACGAGGGUGGCCAGCGGCUGA